UUGCUUUGAGUUCUUCGACUGUGGUCGACUACGAGCAGAUGCUCGCUACCACUAUUAUUUUAUGUAUGGCUGAAAUCACCCUGUCUAGCACUGGGAAGACAUCUUGGAGAAUGCAUCUUCAAGGAGCUUCAGCCUUGAUUGAAAAACUCCACCAUAACGGCAAUCACCCCUCCAACUCCACAACAGUCAUUUUUCUUGCAAGAAAGUAUCAGGCUCUUCAAGCCAUUGCUCUGGCCUGUGGCAAGAGUCCCUUGGACCGAUCCUUUCUUCUCGUUGGUACAGGCGAUGACCAAGCCAAGAUCGACGACCUCGCGGGAUACUCAAGAGACUUGUUGCCAGUUUUCCAGGGCAUCAGUGCCUUGGACAAGACGCUGGAAUCUUAUGAGUCACAGUUCGUAUGCGAAGAAGCUCCGGGUUCCCUACAUUUCUCUUGCAACUCAUUGCUUGAACAUAAGAGUCAUCUGAUAUUUGACCGAGUACGGGUGCUAAUGGCGAAACGAACACUUCCUAGCAGCGUCAGUUACGGCAGCCUAGCACAGUGUACCCGCAAGGACCUGUUCCUGCUGGAUGAGGCUUACCACCGUAUGGCAAUACUUCAGAUCUACCUUCGGGGCUCUCUUUCCGUUCCUUAUCACACUGUUGAAGAUAGCAGGCAAAGGAUAUUAGCAUGUCUCUACUCAAUGACGUACUACGCCAGCCCGUGCCCAGGAGUUGCCGCGCUUCCUCCGCUCUUCGUGGCAGGUUGCUUGUGCUCCGACAUCUGAUCGACAGGCGGUUCGACGCCUGUUGAAACUCUUGUGGAUCAAUUUUGGGAUGGGCAACGUCAUCGCCUCCAAGGAGAUUCUGGAAAAUCUGUGUAAGCGGCAAGAUGCAGCUUUAAAUACAACAUUAUUUGCAACCUCCGAGGCGCUACAAGAUGAUCACUUUGACGUUCUCCCAUACUGAGGAAUCCGUCUUUAUUACGGUUAUGGAUAAAUAUCCCAAAAGGAAGAAAUUUUGCGUCGGUGUACUCGUUCAA